UCCUCCCGUUACACAGAAGAAGAAGUAGUUGUCUGUGUUUGGUUUCAGUUUUCAACAAUACUGGGUCCGUCACAAUGAUUCUGACAUAUCAACGUUUGUGGAUAAUUUUACCAUGUUUUAUCGUUUUAUUGGCCGUGACCAUUACGUGUGCUCCUGCAGGCUCAUUUUUGCUCCUGUGUCUUUGCUGUAUGGCUCUUCUAUGGAAGAUAAAGAUCGAGAAUCGGUCCAUAUCGAGUCUUCUCACUCAAUAUGUGGCUGUGAAGGCUGUGUGCUGGCUGGGAAAUCGCCAGAGAAACAAACUGGAGAAAGACACUCAGGACGUUCAUCGCGUUCAGGAGGAAACUCUGCUCAAGCGCCUGCGCAAACACUCCGACACAGUCUACGGCAAACUAUACGACUUCGGAUCAAUUAAAGACACAGAAACAUUUCGACAGCGCCAUCCGGUCACUGAUUAUGACCAUUAUGAAAAGUAUGUGGAGCGCAUGGCUAAAGGAGAGCAGAAGGUUUUAAUAUCGGAGAAGCCUCUUAUUCUGGCAAUGACAUCAGGAACGUCUGGAUCCAGCCGUAUGCUUCUGAGCACCAAAGACACCAACACAGAAUUCUUUCUACAGGGGGUGACUGUUUGUCUAGAUGCUAUGAGUCGAGCCUUUCCAGCCACCAACAGUCUCCAGAAGACCCUGAAGCUUUUUUACUCGCCCCUUUUUCGUCAGAGUGAGGCAGGUAUUCCCAUUGGCCCCAACUCCUCAACCCCUGCCUCCUCUAGACACAUGCUGCAUCUGUACACCACACCAGCACCCGUCUAUCAGGUGCUGAAUGAGAGAGACGCCUUGUAUCUGCAUCUGCUGUUUGGGCUGAAGGACCGAAAUCUCGGCAUGCUGGAAUCCAACUUCUGCUCUACCGUCUUUUAUGCCUUCAGAGCCCUGCAGGAACAUUGGAAAGAUCUUGUUGUGGAUGUGGAAGUGGGCAGGAUCAACUCCAGUCUGAACUUGAAGGCUGACGUGCGCUGUGCUCUAGAGAAGCUGAUGAAGCCAGAUCCAGUGAGAGCCACUGAGCUCACAGCCCAGUUUGAGAAAGGCUUUGAGGGGAUCGCACUCAGACUAUGGCCCAAGUUACACCUGGUCCUGGCAGUGGACUCGGGCUCAAACCAGAUUUAUGGGGAGAUGUUAAGACAGAAUUACUGUAAAGAUGUCCCGUUCUACUCCCCUUUCUACGCUGCCACUGAAGGCUUGAUAGGUGUGAACCUGUGGCCUCUGCAGGAGAGCAGACAGUAUCUCCUGUGUCCCCGCUCCAUGUUCUGUGAGUUUAUACCAGAGGAGGAUCUGGAUUUAGAGCAGCCCAAAACUCUCCUGAUAGAGCAGCUUCAAGAAGGACACAACUAUGAGCUGCUGGUCACCAAUGCCUCAGGAUUAUUCAGGUAUCGCAUUGGAGAUGUUGUGAAAGUAGUCGGGUUUCAUAACCAGUGUCCAAAAGUGGAGUUUCAGUAUAGGCGUGGUCAGAUGUUGAGCGUGCGUGGUGAGAAAGUGUCUGAAUCGCUGUUUUUGAGGACCCUUAAGAGGACAGUGAUGCAGUGGCCAGGAUCCAAACUCAUAGACUACAGCUGUGUUGAGAGUGGCAUUCUAGGUAAUGUUUGAGUUUCAUCAAAUUCUU